AUAAAAUAGUCAUUUAAGCGAUGCGCCCAGAGGGUUUAUGAAGGGUUUCAUUUUUAGUUCUGCAGUUAUUAAUCGCCGGAUUUUGUCAUCGGAAGCCUAUCACCGGAGAUUCUUGGUCACACGGUCGCCGAUAAUGAAUUGAUAGGGGCCGGAGUACAUUUUUAGAUUAACCUCGCCCGAAGAAAAAAAAAAAAAAAAAGGAGAAGAGAGAAGAAAUCCGUCUUAGAUUUGCGAAUUUUGCGCUUUAAAGCAUGGCUGCCGCAAUUUCAAAAAGGGCUUUUCGUUCUUUGCACAAUGCAUUGUCUUCUUCCGUGGGUUUGUAUAAUGGCUUGAAAAGCCAUCGUGUUGUAGCUCACAGUGUGUCUUCUUUUGAACCUUCCACUCUUCUAAAGGAUGAGUUAUCCCUUAUUGCUUGUCGAAGGUUUGCAACUACAAUCCUUACCCCUGGAUCAAACGAUGAGGGUUUUCCAGCGAACUUGUUAUCCAGAAAACGUGUUAUUAACCCGGAGCGGAUGCCUGGACUUUUACAGGACCUGGUGAUCCCUGUAACAAACUUUGCUAAUGAAGACAAAGGUUUAAUGGUUUUGGCCGGUGAUGUCUUUGACGUACCGAUUAGAAAAGAUAUUAUUCAUCGUGUUGUUAGGUGGCAGCUUGCCAAACGGCAGCAGGGAACCCAUUCAACAAAAACAAUUAGUGAGGUUAGCGGAACUGGCAGAAAACCUUGGCGGCAGAAGGGUCUUGGUAGAGCCAGACAUGGGACAUUGCGAGGCCCUCAGUUCAGAGGUGGUGCAACUAUGCAUGGUCCAAAACCACGAAGUCAUGCUAUCAAGCUGAACAAGAAGGUCCGACGAUUAGGACUAAAAAUAGCAUUGUCAGCUCGUGCAGCAGAAGGAAAGCUUCUGGUGUUUGACGACCUAGAGGUCCCUUCACAUAAGACAAAGAAUAUUGUAACCUAUUACAAUCAAAUGGAGGACACCAAGAAACUUCUGUUGGUGGAUGGAGACACAAUUGAUGAAAAGCUAAAGCUUGCUACGCAAAAUUUGCACUACGUCAAUGUUCUGCCAACUAUAGGUCUGAAUGUGUAUAGCAUCUUGUUGCAUGACACUUUACUGAUGUCUCGUGAUGCUGUAAAUAGGAUAGUUGAGAGGAUGCACACACCAAUCAACCGUUGAAGACAGCAGCAGGUUCAAGUGAAAGUAUUUAGUUUUGUACUCUACCUUAAGAGAUUCAGUGGUACCGAAAAAAAUAAUUGAAGUGUUUGUUAAUCUCUCUCAAUUGGCAGCGGUUGUUUUCCAUCCGAUUCUGGUUUGGAUUUUAGGUCUGCUGCCUUAUAUGUUUUUUUUCCUCAGAACAAGGGUAUCAAUGCCCUCACACUCUCUUUAGUCUUUACAGCAACUGUUCGUUACACACACUUAUAAGGCUGGUCGUCAGUGCUUAUUCUGGUUGUUUCCAUAGAAGUGUUUAGUUGCAGACUUGUGAUGAACCUCUAGACAAAUAGGAUGUAUGGACUGAAGGCUUAUUCCAUUUUUGCAAUUGCUUAUAAAACUGCCCCUUGUCUUCAAAUGCUUAUAAAACUGCUCCUUCCCUUUACAAAAUGAUUGUCUUUGUUUUCGGACAAAGUGUACACAACGUUGUUAGAUUUUAUUGAUGAACCUACGGAGCAUUGUUAUAAUCGGCUUGGUUUCUUUCUUUUCUUUUUUACUCCCUUCCCUCGGUCUCAAUUCAAUAGGCGACCUUUCCAUUUUAGGGUGUCCCACUAAAUAGGUUGAUCUUCUUAUAUAAAAUUUAUUUUUCUAAU